UGUUACGUGCACCUGCACGUAGCGCUCUCUCUCUCUCUCUCUCUCUCUCUCUCUCUCUCUCUCUCUCUCUCGCUCGCUCACUCUGACUACUAGGUCUGGUGGCGUCAUGUUGGUGGGAGGAGCUUCGCCACGCUUUCCAGUCUGAUGCCACGGCUGUCAGCCAAUGACGUGCGGACGGGGCGGGCACUUCCGUUUAAAAGAGGCCCCAUUCAUUCAGUCGGGAGAUGAGAGUCAGGAGAGAACUGAUCAGAGUGUUUUGUUAUGCUGCUUUCCUGUGUGUGUAUAUAUAUUGUCUGUUGGUUGUGUGAUUGGUAAAGGCUGGGAGAAGUAUAGAGUUGAAGUUAUUGUUUGUUGUGAGCGUGAGGUGUGUGUGUGUUCCUCCCGUCACCCUCGCCUGCUGCUCCCUCCUUAUAGUCCUCUGUCACUGGGUUUCUGGUGGACAGCUAGUUGGGCCCAUCACAUUUUACACCACGUAGGUAUUUUUGCUUGUAUAUACACACUAGGUUAGGGGCGGGUGCCACUUUUGUAUGUUUGGUUAGUUUAGUUUGGGUUAGGCAGUUUAGUGCACUUUUAUUAUGUUCCUUUCUUUGGCACCGUCCUUUGUCCACCUUAAACCUUUAAGUUAAAAGAGCAGCUGAUUUAUUUAAUUAUUGUUUUGUGGUUUUGCCAUAUUAUUGUCCAGUUGUGUUUGUAAAUAUGUUAAUAUAUAAUUUUCUGAAAAUUAAGUAAAAGCUCUGGCUUUUCUUUUCACCACAUCCACUGUUUCCAGUCUUUCAUUUUGUUUACGUCCUAAUACUCCCUAGACCUAAAAUAUUUUUAAUUGGGAACGUAACAAUUGGGGGCUCGUCCGGGAUAAAUUAAUUAAUUGAUUUUCAAUUAAAGAAAUUAAUUUUUUUUUUUUUUUGAAAAUUGAUUGUUUUUUUUAUAUCUGUAUUUGGAUCCCGUGCUUCUAUUGAUUGGGGGCGGUGUAGUGUUUGGUGUUAGUUAGUAUUUUUGGACUUUUGUAGUAUUUGGGACUUUUUGUGAUUUUUGGCAAGAUGGCUUCGUUUGACGUGAAGGCUUUCUUUGAAAACCCUAGCUUAGAGGUUUUAGAAACGUUGAAAAAGGAUGAGCUACUUCUUAUAGCUAGCCAGUUUAAACUACUUGUGACUAGGACAAUGUUUAAAAAAGACAUUAAAAAGUUGUUGACACAGCAUUUGAUCGAUAUGGAGAUGGUGAGUGUGCCCCCCGUGGUAGACACUACUGGUGACGUGCCCUCUUUUGGUGAGGUUAGUGCAGGGAGUGACGUGGGCCUCCCGCAAGCGGGAGUUCUGGAUAACUCGGACGGGCCCGAUGAGCCGGCAACUCCGUCGGCGGCGCCAGAAUCAGAGGUAAGGGUACUUCUUCCUCCUUAUGACCCUGAGUCUCCUGCCUCUGAGGGUGGGGAUCCUCUUGAUAUUCGCCUAGCUCGUCUCCAGCUGGAGGCUAAGGAGAGAGCUGAGGUGCGUCAGCUUGACCAUGAGUACCGGUUGGCCGUCCGAAAAAUGGAGCUGGAGACAGAGCAGAAGGUACGGUUGCGCGAACUGGACCUGAAGGCCCAGCUUAAACAGCCGGUCGCGCUCGCUCCAGCAGAUGUUCCGAGCGGUUCUGCCCCGUCUCACCCUGCUGUGCCGUCCACCCCUGUUGCGCAAUCCACCGUAGGCUCCACUGCUGUUGAUUCUUCUAUUCCGCCACUAGAUAUAAGUAAAUACGUGUCACUUGUCCCUCCCUUUAGAGAAUCCGAGGUCGACACAUAUUUUGGUGUUUUUGAACGGCUAGCUGUUAUGUUGGGAUGGCCCAAAGAAGUUUGGACAUUAUUGUUACAGUGUAAAUUAGUUGGAAAAGCUCAGGAGGUUUGCUCAGCUCUUUCUCUCCAAGACAGUCUCCAAUAUGAUGUGGUUAAAGCUGCUAUUAUGCGAGCUUAUGAAUUAGUCCCCGAGGCUUAUAGACAGCGUUUUAGGAACGUCCGUAAACAAGCUUCUCAGACCCAUGUAGAGUUUAUGCGUGAAAAAGCGGUCCUUUUUGAUAAGUGGUGCAGCGCGUGUAAAGUUACUGAUUUUAAUUCUCUGCGUGAGUUGAUCCUCUUGGAGGAAUUUAAAAACUGUCUACCUGAACGAGUGGUCGUUUAUUUAAAUGAACGUUCUGUCCCGACUGUGUCUCAGGCUGCGGUUUUCGCAGACGAAUUUGUGUUGACCCACAAACAGGCUUUUAAACCGGCUGUGUACCAAACUGUUGGCGUCCCAAGUAGUGCAGGUAAAGCUGUUCGCAGCGCUGGUUCUCCGCCGCGCUCUCAUGAUGACAGAGAGUGCUACUAUUGUCACAAGAUAGGGCACAUAGCUGGCAACUGUCUAGCCCUUAAGAAGAAGUUGGGGAGUAAACGGGCUGAUGGUUCGCCUAAACCAGUGGCGCUGGUUGAUUGUGGCCGAGUACUAGUUAGUGAGAUACCAGUGACCUCGCUACCAGACCCCUGUUAUAGUCCGUUUGUUUCACAAGGCGAAGUUAGCCUAAAUGCGGGUGAAGCAGCUGUCCCUGUUAACAUACUGAGAGACACUGGGGCUGCGCAGUCACUUAUUUUAGCUAACACUUUGCCAUUUGGAGUUGACUCUUUUUGUGGUUCUUAUGCUGUUUGUAAAGGUUUGGGAUCUGACUAUAUGAAGGUGCCGUUACACACAGUAUAUUUGGCUUCUAAGCUACUCUCUGGUCUGUUCAGGAUCGCUGUCUGCGAUGCGUUGCCCGUAGACGGUAUUGCUGUGAUUUUGGGCAAUGAUCUCGCUGGAGGGAAAGUGUUCCCAAUUUUGGAGAUUUUAGACACGCCUGUUUUAGAUUGCCCAGAGAUGUUUGAGAAAGUUUCACCUGAUGUUUUUCCUGCUUGCGUGGUCACUCGCGCCCAGGCGCGUAGAUUUGGGAAUGAAAUCGAGCUGUCAGACACAUUUUUAGCUGGAGAGGAAAAGGACGAGGGUUUUAAUGCGCUUUUAUCUAAGGCUGCCCUGGGGGAAAUGAAAGAACCAGGACAGAUGUUGGAUUGUGGUCUUAGUAGAGAGUCGCUUAUAAAAGCUCAAAAAGACGACCCGUCAUUGUGUAAGUAUUUUGAUAUGGUUGUUGAUGUGGACAGUGAUACAGACAGGUGUGCUAUGUGUUACCUUGACAACGGUCUUCUAAUGCGCAAAUGGAGCGCACCCCAAAAUCCAGAGCUCCACACGUACCGGCAGAUAAUUGUUCCUGUGGCUUAUAGGACGCACAUUUUGAGCCUUGCCCAUGAUGCUCCUUGGUCUGGACACUUGGGUAUUACCAAAACGUACAAUCGUGUUUUGAAGUACUUCUUUUGGCCAGCACUUAAGCGAGAUGUUGUUAAUUAUUGCCGUACGUGUCAUGUAUGCCAGUGUACGGGUAAACCCAACCAGGUCGUUCCCCCAGCUCCUCUCUGUCCGAUUCCUGUUAUGGCAGAGCCUUUCGAGAGGGUGUUGAUAGAUUGUGUUGGUCCGUUGCCAAAGUCCAAGUUAGGUAACAAAUUUUUAUUGACCAUAAUGUGCACCUCUACACGUUUUCCCGAGGCUAUACCCCUCAGGAAAAUCACAGCGCCUGUGAUAUUACGUGCUUUAGUUAAAUUUUUCUCGACGUUCGGCCUGCCAAAAAUCAUCCAGACGGAUCAGGGGACAAAUUUCAUGUCCAAGAUUUUUGGCCAGGUCAUGAGAACUUUAAAUGUGCAGCACGUAGUCUCCUCACCGUUUCGUCCCGAGUCACAAGGCGCUCUCGAACGCUUUCACCAGUCGCUUAAAUCAGCUUUGAGGAAAUUCUGUUUUGAGUCGGGUAAACAGUGGGAUGAGGGUGUCCCAAUGAUGCUGUUUGCGUUGCGAGAAUCUGUGCAGGAGUCUCUAAUGUUCAGUCCAGCUGAGUUGGUGUUUGGGCACACGUUACGCGGUCCUCUGAAAGCAAUGCAGGAGUCUCUUAUGACGCAUAGUGAUACUGUCCAGUCUAAGUCAGUUUUAGAAUAUGUGGACUCGUUCCGUGAGCGGUUGCACAAGGCUUGGGAAAUUGCAGGCGAAACCUUAAAGUCCUCACAAGGCAAGAUGAAAAAGGACCACGACAAACGCGCUGUGUCGCGUAGUUUUAGUCCAGGGGAUCAGGUGCUAGCCUUACUGCCUGUCCCUGGCUCCUGUCUUUCUGCUCGUUUCUCUGGUCCAUACGUUGUGGAGAAAAAAUUGAGUGAAACCAACUACCUCAUCGGUACCCCUGACAGACGUAAAAAGUAUCGUGUUUGUCAUAUUAACAUGUUAAAAUUGUAUCUCACCAGGGUCAGUGAAGUUGGUGAUGCUGCACCGGUUUUGGUUACUGCUGCCAUAAAUGCGCAGGAUGGGGGUGACGAGUCGUACUCUUCCAACGCUACUGCACGUGUUCCAAACUCUCAGGCAUUAAAGGCGUUAACAGCGAGUUUAAGUCAUCUAACUCCGUGUCAGAGAAGUGACAUUGUCACUUUAGUUAGUGAUUUUCCUACUCUCUUUAGUGAUGUUCCAUCCCAGACUACUGUUUUGUGUCACGAAAUAAAGGUGACUUCAGACAGACCAAUUAAGCAGCACCCAUACCGCGCUAAUGUAAGAAAAAGAGAAGUGAUGAAACAGGAGGUAGAAUACCUGUUGGAACAUGGUUUUGCGAAACCAAGUGUGAGCCCGUGGAGCUCGCCUUGUUUAGUUGUCCCGAAACCUGAUGGCACGUUCAGGUUCUGUACUGAUUACAGAAAGGUAAAUGCAGUGACAGUCCCAGACUCUUUUCCAUUGCCGAGAAUGGAUGAUUGUAUUGACAACAUAGGUGCUGCACAGUUUGUCACUAAACUUGACUUGUUAAAAGGGUAUUGGCAGGUUCCUCUCUCCCCAGAGGCUUCAGAUAUUUCCGCGUUUGUUACGCCGGAUCACUUUCUGCAAUACACAGUGAUGGCUUUUGGUUUUAAAAACGCUCCCGCUACGUUUCAGCGCCUCAUUAAUCAAGUUUUAGGUGACGUUCCAAACUGCUCAGCGUAUUUGGAUGACGCAGUUAUUUUUAAUCAUGACUGGCCUUCUCAUGUGUCCACUCUGCGCGAUGUUUUCACACGUUUAAAAGACGCGUCUCUGACCUUGAACUUGGCUAAGUGUGUGUUUGCGCAGGCAACUGUGUCGUACUUGGGGAUGCAAGUUGGAAAAGGUCAAGUGCGCCCUCUGGGGGCGAAAGUGGCUGCAAUUCAGGACUUUCCAGCACCCAAAACGCGGCGUAACUUGCGCCGGUUUUUAGGUAUGGCAGGCUACUACAGACGUUUCUGUAAAAACUUUUCAGAUGUUGUAGAACCCCUCACGAAGUUACUGAGUCCAAAGGUGGAAUUUAUGUGGUCUCCUGCUUGUGAGCAUGCUUUUACUAGUGUGAAAAUUCUGCUGACUGAAGCCCCUAUUCUUUUAGCCCCUGAUUUUGGUAAACCGUUUCUGCUGGAGGUGGAUGCAAGUGAUGUUGGUGCUGGGGCGGUGCUGUUACAGGAGGAUUCCGAUGGGAUUCUUCACCCCACUUGCUAUUAUUCACAUAAGUUUAACAGACAUCAGCGCAAUUACUCCACUAUUGAAAAAGAAGCGUUGGCACUGAUUCUGGCAGUACAACACUUCGAGGUGUAUGUUGGUGGCUCUUCUUUUCCUGUAGUAGUGUUUACUGACCAUAACCCAUUAGUUUUUCUGUCCAGAAUGUUCAACCAAAACCAGAGGCUGAUGCGGUGGGCUCUCCUGUUACAGGAUUACCAGCUCGAGGUCCGCCACAAGAAGGGGGUCGAGAACGUCGUGGCAGAUGCGCUUUCCCGCGCCUAGUGUUGUUUUUUUUUUUUUUUUUUUUGCUGUUAUUUGCACCUUGUUGUAGAGAAUUUAGUUUAUGGUGUAACUAAUCGCAAACUAUGUUGCUUUUUUUUAGGGGGGGCGUGUUAC